UCCCGGUAUUUAUAAUUAUAAUUAGACUUAAGUUUAGUUACACUUAAAUCAGUUGACGCAGAGCAAGAUGGGCGCCAUUGUUUUACUUCUGCUAAUUUCAUUUGUUCAUAGUCCAGUUACAUCGCAAGAUAUUAAGUUGUGUCCUGAUGGACCUGCUAAAGAUCGCUAUUUGAAAGUUCAUGGUGAUUUCUGCUAUCAGUUCGUCGUCUAUCGGAAGUACACUCACUCAGAGGCCCAGACUGACUGCGAGCUCCAGGGCGGGAGUCUGGUCCUGGUCAAGACGGCAGACAUACAGAACUUCGUGUACCAGCAGCUCACUACGACUUAUAACGACGCCUAUGACAGAGUCUGGAUAGGCCUGAACGACCUCGCCCAGGAGGAUCACUACGUCUGGGAGGAUGGCACCAAGCUGGGUUUCUACAGCAACUGGUACCAGGGCGAGGGUCCGAGCAGCACCACGGCCAACCAUAACUUCACCCACAUCACCAGAGACUGCGUGGUCAUGGACAUUUCUCCCUCUGUAGGCGGAAAGUGGAGGGAGAGCUCCUGCGAGAGCAGCGCCGUCCUUUUGGUGUUGUCUGCUCGAGAGGCUCACUCUUACGUCUGCCAGUACAGCAUUAUUUCAACAACAGGUUAUUCCACAACCUCAUAUUACUACUCCACAACGUCAACAGACUUCUUCACAAAUACAGCAGAUUUUUCAACAACGACAUCAGACUACUCCACAACGACAUCAGACUACUCCACAACGACAUCAGACUACUCCACAACGACAUCUGAUUACUCCACAGCAGACUUUUCAACAACGAAGAAAGGCUACCCCUCAUCGACAGCAGAUUUUCCCACAAUGACAUCAGACUAUUCCACAACGACAUCAGACUACUCCACAAAGACAUCUGAUUACUCCACAGCAGACUUUUCAACAACGAAGAAAGGCUACCCCUCAUCGACAGCAGAUUUUCCCACAAUGACAUCAGACUAUUCCACAAUGACAUCAGACUACUCCACAACGACAUCCGAUUACUCCACAGCAGACUUUUCAACAACAAAGAAAGGCUACCCCUCAUCGACAGCAGAUUUUUCCACAACGACAUCAGACUACUCCACAACGACAUCCGAUUACUCCACAACGACAUCAGAGUACUCAACAAGUGUUUAAGUUUUAUUUGCUAUAUUAAAAAUAUACUUGUUUAAA